GUCAUGGCGGCCCCGGGAGAGACCGCGAGCAGCGGAACUCUGGAGACCUGCGAUCUGGAGCAGAUUUUAGAGGCGCUGAAGCUGCUGCUAAGCCCGGGAGGGUCAGGCUCAAGUUCACUACAGAUCACAAAACAUGAUGUUUUGUUGGCAACCUUAAAAUCCAACCUGUCUGCUUUGGAGGACAAGUUUCUGAAGGAUCCUCAUUGGACGAAAUUGAAACUUCUGAGAGAUGAAAUUGCUAAUAAGGCAGAGUGUCCACAAAACUCUACAGAUGUCACUUGGAGUUUUGUCUCUCAAACAUUGUUGUUGCUUUUGUGCUUAAAAGAAACCAUGUUCCACCUUGCAGCUCACUUCAGUCCAGGAAAACCCAACCCUAGGACUCCAGAGGUUGCUCCUGCCCUGAGCCCUGACACGCUCAGUAUAUCACAGCAGAAGACUGUUCAGUCAGCUUUGCAGUUCGUGGUCACCUUAGGGGUCUGCCCUUAUCUCAUGCCUGGUGUCGGAGUGCCUUUGAAAUUCAGGACUGAUUUUGGUGCUGUUGUUCAAGAUGUGGUAUGUCCUGCUGCUGCCCCCAGCGUGACACAGAGACUGUUCGCCAGCUGCAGGAUCCUCCUGAAUGUUGCUCAGCACGCGUCUCUCGGGAGCAUGAUUUUCUGUCGUCAUUUUGGGGAUAUUGCAGCAGGAUUGUGCCAACUGGGAUUCUGUCCAGUGAAAAGAAAACCAUCAAAAUCUAUGGAAGAGGUUUUAAAUGAAGAAGAAAGAGCCCUAAGUAGGAAGGCCUUGAGAGACAUUUUGGAUCAAGUGUAUCAACCAUUAGCAGUCCGGGAAUUACUGAUCCUCCAGGGAGGACCACCCCAGUCUGGCACAGAUGGGAAGACACAGUGUGGAUCUCGGGCCCCAGCUUGGCUUCGGCGGCUUUGUGGACAACUACUCUCUGAAAGGUUAAUGAGACCCAGUGGUGUCCAGGCAGUAGUCAGGGGCAUUUUGGAAGGAGCAGGGGCUGGCGCAGCUGGUGGAAGUGAUGCUGAAGUGGCGGCUGCUGACUGGAAGAAGUGUGACUUGAUCGCAAGGAUUUUGGCUUCUUGUCCCCAGCAGUCUCUUUCGCCAGAGAGUUACUAUAAGGAUAUCUGCCCUCAGAUUCUAGAUUUAUUUCACUUCCAAGAUAAAUUGACAGCACGACAAUUUCAGAGAGUUGCCAGCACUACCUUUAUUACUAUGUCAAGAGAGCACCCACAAUUAGCAGCAAAGUAUUUGCUUCAACCAAUGUUAGCUCCUCUUCAUCGGUGUUUGAAUACAACAGAGACUCCAGAGACUGACAUGGUACCAGGGACCAUUUUGGUAACAGAAGAAGAACUUAAUAGAUGCAUUGAGGAUGUAUUUAAGGUGUAUGUGAUCGGGAAUGAACCUUUAGCAAUUUUGUUGGAUUCCCUGCUUCCAGUAUUGGGAGUUCUCUUUUCUCUGUACUGUUUUACCAAGCAGAGUGUGUCCCACAUACGGUCACUUUGUGAAGAAAUCUUAUUAUGGAUUCUAAGGAAGCUUGAAAGGAAGAAGGCAAUUGCAAGUCUGAAAGGAUUUGUGGGAUUAGACAAAUCUGUGCCCUCUCUCCAGCCUCUCUGUCAUUUUAGAGCUGCCACUCAUGGCGGCAUUAUGAUUACCAUCCACAAUGCCAGUGGUGAAGAAGAUGAAGAUGAAGCCCUAUAUCAGAAGCUGUCCUCAGAGCAGUGCCAGGUGGAACGUCUUGGGGACUUGCUGUCCCGCUGUCAGGAAUCGGGUUUGGCAGGAGACUUCUUCAUCUUCUGCUUGAAGGAAUUGACUCAAGUGGCUGGGGAAAAUGAUGCAGAGCUGAAAACGAAGCCCUUCUCUAGUAAAAGCCUCUUGGAAUUAGAACAGCACCAGACUCUGCUUGUAGAAGGCCAGGAGCGGAAGCUGCUGAUCCUGCAGCUGGUGGCAGUUUUGUGUGAGAGGAUGUCAGAGCAGAUAUUCACAGACAUCACUCAGGUGGUGGACUUUGUAGCAGCAACUCUGCAGAGAGCAUGUGCAAGCUUGGCCCAUCAGGCAGAGAGCACUGUGGAAUCGCAAACGCUGAGCAUGUCCAUGGGGCUGGUUGCUGCCAUGCUGGGUGGAGCUGUUCAGUUGACAUCAAAUGACUUUGCUGUCCUGAAGCAGUUGCUACCUCUGCUGGAAAAAGUCUCCAGUACACACCCUGACUCUGUCAUUCAAGAACUUGCUGUUGAUCUCCGCAUCAGCAUCGCGACCCAUGGAGCUUUUUCCACAGAGGCUGUCAGUGCGUCUGCCCAGAGUGCCCUGAAGAAAAGAAAUUCAGAAAAGAAUUUAGAAGAACAGCAAAGUAAUGAGAAAUCCAACCACCAAACAGAUUUGAAAUCUAAUGAUGCAUCGUUCACUGCUCAGGAGGUGAAUGAAUCUAGUACUUCUUCAAGCCAGAAAUCUGGAAGCAUAACCUCAGAAGGGCUCCAGGAGGUUCUUUUAUCAGCUUAUGAUCCUCAAAUUCCAACACGGGCAGCUGCUCUGAGAACACUUUCUCGAUGGAUUGAGCAAAAGGAAGCAAGAGCCCUUGAGAUGCAAGAGAAGCUACUUAAGAUAUUCUUGGAGAACUUGGAGCAUGAAGACACCUUUGUAUAUCUAUCUGCUAUUCAGGGUAUUGCCCUGCUGUCAGAUGCCUACCCUGAAAAAAUCUUGGUUGGCCUUUUGGCUCAGUAUGAUAGCAGUAAAGACAAGAGCACACCAGUGACCAGAAUGAAAGUGGGAGAAGUCCUAAUGCGAAUUGUCAGAGCACUGGGAGAUAUGGUCUCAAAGUACCAAGAACCUCUGAUCCAUACCUUCCUGAGGGGAGCAAGAGAUCCAGACAGUGCUCACAGGGCCAGCAGCUUAGCCAACCUUGGAGAACUCUGCCAGAGACUGGACUUCCAGCUGGGGUCCGUAGUUCAUGAGGUAACAGCUUGUCUAAUUGCUGUGGCUAAGACAGAUCCUGAAGUUCAAGUUCGCAGAGCUGCCAUCCAUGUGAUUGUGCUGGUGCUUCGCGGACUCAGCCAGAAAGCUACUCAAGUGCUUAGAGAUGUCCUCAAGGAUCUCUACCACUUGCUGAAGCACGUGGUGCAUUUGGAGCCUGAUGACGUGACCAAACUCCAUGCCCAGCUGGCCUUGGAAGAGUUGGAUGAAAUAAUGAGAAAUUUCCUGUUCCCACCACAAAAGCUUGAGAAAAAGAUUGUGGUCCUGCCAUGA